AUGCAGGCCUGCGCCAUCCGACAGCACCAAGAGUGCACGGUUCACCGGGUGGCCAAGAGUUUGUUUUUGAGCCCGGACCGUCCUGUAUCAGAGCUGCUCCCUUAUGACCUCAAGGAUCAGGACCUCUUUAGAGGAAAUGUGCCGCAACCAGCGGACUGGCUGCGGGCAUGGUCUGCAUGCUUGCACAGAAUGAUCACUGUCAUGCAUUGGGUUACCCGAUCUUUGCGGCAGAAGCGACUCAAGCAGGCCAGAAGCAUCAGCCUUUCAGUGGAUGACCGGGCAGACUUCAGAAUUGUGCGCUACAGAUGCUCAAUGCCUUCUGUUUCCAGCGGCUCUGAUGGCUUUUCGGCUACAUCCUUGAAGGAGUGGACUGAGAUGGAUCCGUUGAUCACCGAAGGGGUGCUUGGUGUGGUCCGAACCGGAGGCAACACAGAGGCAAACACCAUUGAAUCCCACGAUGUGGAUAAAUCUCAAGCAAUGGCAGAGUCGAUCUUGGCAGUGAGCCGCCGUGCCUUCGAAGACCUGGAAGGAGGCGUGGAUGAAGAUGGAUUGCAGCAGUUUCUGAAGCAAGUGCGGCAUUUUGCGGCUGAUCAAGGAACUGCAGCCCAAAAGUGUGGGCAGAUCCUGUCUACCCAUGAAGCCCUACCGCACCUAUUGUGGGUAGGCCAGGAUCCUGCGCAUCAAGUUCGCAUUGCUUCGAAGGAUCCCUUACACGCCAAUGAAAAUUUUGGGGAGCAGUGGCAAAGGCUUUUCAACGAGCGGCAUGCCUUGAUUCCAGAUAUCCAGAACUCUGAACUCUGGAAAAGCCGUUUGAUUGCGGCCCAGAAGCAUGUCCUGAAGACUGUUGGGGAGCAGGGGGCUGGCUUGCAGACUGUCAUGAAAACCCUUUCGUUUGCAAAGCAGCGGUUUGAUUCCACUGCUACGCCCAUGAUGCGCUACUGCUGCAUGAUUCGUGCCAUUGCAAUUCUGUGCGCCAUGCAGGCGUGCGAUGCUACUGGGAUCAUUGUUCGCAACCAUCGAGAGACUCGGGCACGAGCAGAGAGGGCAUUGCAAAACCUGGUUCCCGACAAGCUCAUUCGAUGCGGCCUGACGGCUGACUAUAGCUUGGAGUGUUUGAAGUUUCUCAGGCAGCAUUUCGACAUAGACGACCCUGAUCCAGCCACUAUUGCGUCUGCCUUGUCGGACUUCAAGGACAGGAUGGAACAGCUGUUUGUGAAAGGAUGGAUCUUGGGUGACCCAAGCAGCGGCUCCACUGCCUCCGGCGGCUCCACUGGCUCCACGGGCUCCACAGGUGAUGAUGCAUUGGGUGGUGAUCGGUCAUGCCCUGGCAAGACUGUCACGCAAUGCGUGUUCGAGCAAAUUGACGAUCCAGAGCCGAUAUACUACGGUGAGAAAGUUCAUUUCCUUUGCACCAGCGCUGGUGUAGCAGACAUCCGCCUCGCAAUGACCGAGAUGCAACAGGAGAACAUGCUGCGGAAACACGUCGCAGUGCUUGGCAAGGCUUUCAAAAUGACCCGAGAUGUUUCGAGGGACUUUGCUCACGCUGCCAAAACCUUGGCCAGCCUUGUGCAAACAUGCAAGACGCAGCAGAUAAAUGUCACCAACAGAGUUGCCUGGAGCUGGGUUUUAGUGCCUCAAUGGCGGUCAAGAUUCCUGUCCAAGUUCAUUGAACUCCCCAAGGAGCUGGAGACACUGAUUGUAUUUUACCUGAGCAUCAAGAUGAACACUACCACUUUGGAACGCAACUUGGGGGAGCUGUGCAGGCAACUGGGUGCGCAUGGCGGCCAUGGCGCGGAAGACGGCAGUUUGGCUGCUUCUCUGUUGGAGGUGGCCCUGGAUGGUCCCCAGAGAGAAGAAGAUUUGUUUGACAGAAUCCAGGCUGAUGGGGAAUCAAGGCUCUCACCCACAGAUUUUGGCCGGGCCUGCGCGAAACUUUGGGUACUUCAUUUUGGGCGGAGGUUCCGAUACAAGUACACAGGAAGAAGUUCCCAGAAGAAGCAGGCUGCCCGCCCAGGAUCGUUCAAAGCCGUCUUGUUGCAAAGGGAUGCUGCAGCAGAUAGGCUUACCAAAAUGGGGAGAACACAUGCUUCUGGGGCUUCAUUUGUCUCGGGCCUAGCCCUUCCACUUCCAGCUGAAGCACGUGCUUUCAACGCGCAGAGCCUGCAGGGAACACGGUGGGCUGGCGCUGCUUCAGCUUCGUGCUCAAAGGGAAACUUUCAAAGACACACAGAGCGAAAGAAGGAGAGAUGCCCGGCUGUGACAUCCUGGUGGUAUAUUUUGCCACGCAACUUUUUUGGCUACAUAGUAUAG